AUAAAUAUCCUCUUACUUGCGUUGCGUAUUAACUCGGGUUGCUAUGGUUACGGAAGUGGUCCUAUGCAACACAAGCGUCUGGAGAGACAUGGCUGUUCAGAGUUGGAUUGAUAUCUUAAAAUCAUCAAAGAAAACAGCUUUGAUACACGACGGAAAAAGGAAGAUUCACUACCUCUUCACAGAUGGAAAAGAAAUGGCAGAAGAGUAUGACUUGAAAACAGAUGAACUCAUCAUACGAAAGUGGCGUCAUAAAAGCACACUUGGAGCUCAGGGCCAGUGGCAGGUGGAGGUUGGGGAGCCGCUCGCAAACCCUGUCACAUCUUUGGACUCUGAUGUGAUUAAGGAGAACUGCUCCAAUCCUGUGUUCAUGCGUAAGGACACAAAGAGCAGCUUUCAGUGGAGAAUCCGCAACCUUCCCUAUCCCAAAGAUGUCUUCGUUGUUUUUGUGGAGCCAUCUGAGAGAUGCAUCAUCAUAAAAACUUCAAACAAAAAGUAUUAUAAGAAGUUCAGUAUUCCUGAUCUAGAUCGCAGUCAGCUGCCAUUUGACUGCUCUGCCCUCAGUUUCACUCAUGCCAACAACACUUUGAUUGUCAGUUACAAGAAACCCAAAGAGAUCUUAACCCUUGAGCAGGAGCUGCUGAAGGAGCUGAAGAAACUGAAGGGGACUGGAGAAGGGGAUGUCGACUGCAAAACUCAGUGAAUUGUGACUGUGGGAGCGAGAGAAUAAUUCGGCGUUGCAUUUAAAGCAGAACCUCACGGCGCCGUUUUCCAGUCACAUGUGAGCUCUAGUUUAUUUUACUGUGGUGAAUCCCUUCAUUAAGAAGACCUUUUUUCAGUGCCUUGUCCAUGGCUUAAUGCUUCUCAUUAUGUUUACUGACUGGGGUCCAUUUCUUAGAAUUGUUAGUAUUGAAAUUUGUCCUGCUAUUUAUAUUUGAUACAAAGAAAUUCAGUAAAAAAUAAUACGUAAAAUAAUAAAGUGUUUGUGUGUGUACAGUCUCACAGCCAGAUUUAUUAACUUUGCCGUUGGACAAUUAGGGUGAUAUUUCACAGAAAACUGAAAUUAUUAGUAUGGAAAUUAAAAUUAUAUCACGGGAUCUCUUUUUUGCCUCUUGUUACCAAACCUGCUCCAGAGCCAUUGUGAUGGGGGUCACAUAACCUACCAUCCUCCUUUCAUUGAUGUCCUUGUAAAACACUCAAAACACACAAUGCCUCAUCCCUGUGCGUUCCGGGGUCACUGUUACGAGCACAUCCCAUUUGUGUUAACUGAAUACCCUUAUGUUCCUUGCAUGUAGUGGGCCACCCUGAAAGCCAUUACUGGGCCUGGAAACUACUGUUACCGUUUCCCAUUACAAGAGGGGGUCACUCUGACUUAGUGGUCUUCAGCUAAAACUAUAUAGACAAAAGUUAGAAAUAGGUCCAACUGUUCCAGGGUUUCUCUCCAAAUUUAUUUGAUGUUGUUGUCUAUGAGGAACAAAUAUAAAGUCGGCACUUCACAUCUUUGGCAUGUGGAGUUCUAUGUGUAUAUAUGACAUGUACAGAAAAAAAUAAUUCCAUAGAUCCAUGCUUCAAAAUGUGAUAUAUGUCUACAUUUUCACAAAGUUCAAUUUAAAGGGGAAAAAAAGUCUCGUCAGAAAUACUUAGACAGUGGAUAAAAAAAGAACGGUGCUGUUUAAAAGAGACAAUGGCAUUUAAAUAUAGAUUGUUUCAACCUUGUGAUUCCUUGCAUUUUUUACCACUUGUCCAAACCCAGAGAGCAAGUGCAAAAAGCAGAGACAAAACCACAGUUCUCUCUUACUAUUGUGCUUUGUCUUCUUCCAGAUGGAAAGAACAGGAAUACAAGAAAACAUUUUAAAAGCAGUCUGUCCUGUUGUUUUGCAAAUUCUUGAGAGGAACUUGAUGGAACUUAGACAUGACAAAAAUACAUUCAUACAUAUCUGAUUAGGUAGUGUUUGACUGUUUGGUUUGUUGAGAUGUUCUUUAUCGAUUCUAAAUGGAUAUAAUGUGUAAAAAGUAUCUGCUGUUUAGCAGAUGAAUUAAAUACCAAGUGUUUACUCUGA